AUGGAAAAUAACACAAUUGCGCUGGAACAGCUAUUGGGACCGCAUCCUCAGUACUCAGCAACAGCUUCUCACAUGGUUUCCUCUGCUCCAGUUUACCCAGACUCUGCCAUCGACGCAGCCAUAGAAAAGGCGUUUCUGGAGCUAGAAGGCCCCAAGUUCGUCAAGCACGAGUCCCCUGAACUGCUUUCUCCUGAAGAUACCGACUGGACAGCUUCUAUCUUGAAAAAUGACUGUUUUGAGGCUCCUCACACCACAGAAAGUUCCGUCACUUCGGUCGAAGAGUCCACUGACAAAGAAUCGCAUAGAGCCAACUGGGAAACCGUGGCAGCCCUCAAGCAAGAAAUGGCCAACCAUUCCCGUAUGGUCGGCACGUACACGACAAUGAAAACAGCAUACUUGAAGCUCUGCAAGGAGUUCAACUACCUCUUGGGGUUGUUCAACGACAACGAGAAGACCAAGAUCGGGCUCAUCCACGAAAACAACCAGUUGCGCCAAAUGUUGGUGGAGGUUAUCAAGGAAAGGGAAAUUGAUAGACAACGGUACCGGGAAAGCAUGGGAACGAAGUUCUGA